AUGAAGUGGGAUUCUCUUGGCCUGGUCCUCCAGUCAGCGCGGACCCGUACCUCGUCUCAGCCCUACAACGAGCCAUCUUCUGCACAGAGCCCAAAAGAGGUUGGCAGAUCGGAGGCAUUGCGAUCCCCCAGCUAUCGAAUGCUUGGUGGGUUUUCUCUACUAAGCAUGGAGCCGCCAAAGCCAGAAUGGACCUCACUGCGAGCGAUCCGUGCUCUCACAGCUCGUCUCACCUGGUUCCCCCUCUCGUAA